CAUUUCCUUCCACCUGUCAGGCACCUGAACACUCUGAAGCGCCGCGGCCGGUCGAAAGAAGGGGGAGUUUCGAACAGGAGAAAAAUCUUAGAUGGCCGUAUCCAUAUGGGUGCUGUCACCGGUGUAAGGUGGACGCUGGCCAAAGCACAAAAUGGUAGCAUAGUCAGGCUUUUAUCACGACCAACAAGUUCAACAAUCGUGAACCGCGCCGCCUUGGACCAACGUCGCUGCAACUUGGGGACCACUGCCGCAAGGAUGGCCGAGUCGACUGACUAUGACGACUGGUCGAGAGACCGGCUGGUUGAGCGGGUGAAAGAGCUGGAACAACAGCUCCAGAAACACAAGCCGGGGACAAUACAGAACCAAGCAGCCACACCAGCCGCCGCGGCAGGAACAAGAAAAGAAAAGAAAAGAGACAAGAAGACCAAGAAGAUGGAUCCCGCAAAGUAUUCAACCCGUCUGAUCGCCCUCAAGCUCGCUUACCUAGGCAAGCGCUACGGCGGCUUCGAAUACCAGCCCGGUUCCAGCACCCCUUCCAUCGAAGAGGAGUUGUGGAAGGCAUUAGUCAGGAGCUGUCUGAUCUGGCCCGAGCAGCCAGACAAGGUGGACUUCGGCCCCUGGGAGUACUCCAAGUGUGGGCGCACCGACAAGGGGGUGAGCGCGUUCGGCCAGGUGAUUGGCAUCCGAGUCAGAAGUAACCGGCCGGUUGUGGAAGUCAGGGAGCGGGAUGAAGGGGAUAGAAACGAGAAGGGGGAUGCUGAUGCCGAAAUGGCAGAGGCCGAGGGAGAAGCAGAUGUUGGCGAGCAUGGCAGGAAGCCCGCAUGGGACCCCAUCGCGGAUGAGAUCAACUAUCCUAAAAUCCUCAACCGGCUGCUGCCGCCAGAUAUCAGGGUUCUAGCGUGGGCGCCAACACUACCACCCGACUUUUCGGCCCGCUUCUCAUGCUGGGAAAGGCAAUACCGGUAUUUCUUUACACAGCCUGCCUUUGCGCCGCUGCCUGGGUCGCUCGAGUCUUCCAAGACCGCUCCUGGUGGCACGAGAGAAGGGUGGCUUGACAUUGCCGCCAUGCGCGAGGCGGCCAAGCUCUUUGAAGGCGUCCACGAUUUCCGCAACUUUUGCAAGAUUGACGGCAGCAAGCAAAUAACCAAUUUCACGAGGAGGGUGUUCGAGGCCGACAUCGUCGAGGUCGACAACGUGGGCUCAGCGCUACCCUACCUUAGCCAGCAAGACUUUAGGCCGCCUACAUGUACAGGAGAGGGAUAUCCGAAAGUAUACUAUUUCCACGUCCGCGGCUCGGCAUUCCUCUGGCACCAGAUACGGCACAUGGUUGCCAUCCUGUUCGCCGUCGGGCAGGGGCUGGAGAAACCGUCCCUGGUUACGGAGCUGCUAGACGUGAGCAAGCAGCCGCGCAAACCGAACUAUGUCAUGGCCGAAGAGGUGCCGCUCGUUCUGUGGGAUUGCAUUUUUCCCAAGGUAGACGAGGACACGCCACAGAACCGGAAAGACGUGCACGACCCGGACAGCGAAGGAGAUAUCAGCUUCAAGGACGGCAUAGACUGGAUUUGGUUGGGGGAGGACCAGCCCAGCAACUUGCAUGGGGCAAGCGGACUGGUAAACCAGCUCUGGGAGUACUGGCGGGAGCGCAAGAUGGACGAGCUGCUGGCCAGCCAGCUGCUGGACUCUGUCGCACGCAAGCCGGAUCUGUCUAGGAGGCUGGCCGAAUCGGGACCGGCAAGCAAGCAAAACGACGUUCGACGGGUGUUUGAGGGCGGCAACACGGCGAGGCCCACAGGCGCAUAUGUGCCCGUCCUGAAACGGCCGCUCAUGGCUUCGCCAGAGGAGGUCAACGACAAGUGGGCGCAGAGCAAAGGAUUCGCCAACGCCGAGGAACUCGCCAGUACCAAAAACUGGCGAAGCGUAAUCAAAGCGGCCAAGAACGGCGGUGGCAGCAGCAGCAGCAACGCAGCAGUAGAGAAUAGCAGCAGCGUAGAUGAGUGAAAAGAAAACUUCAAACCUCA